AUGGCAAUUAUGUUCUACAUUGCAAAAAGUGAAGCAGAGGAAAGAAUGUUACCUCGGAAGCGCCAAAGGACAGAUGAGAGCAAUUCAUCAAGAGAUUCCAAUGGGACUCAAGAGGAAAACCCAGAAUUCAAACUUUUUGACAUAGACCUUAUUUCUACUGCUACAAAUAACUUUGCUAGUGAUAAUAAGAUUGGAGAAGGUGGAUUUGGUCCUGUAUUUAAGGGAGAAUUACCUUCUGGACAACUCGUUGCAGUAAAGAGGCUCUCUAGGAAUUCUCAACAAGGCCUUGAAGAGUUUGGAAAUGAAGCUAGUUUGAUUGCAAGACUUCAACACCGAAAUCUUGUUAAACUCUUUGGAGGAUGUGUUCAUGAAGAUGAAAGAAUGCUUGUCUAUGAGUAUUUACCAAAUGAAAGCUUGAAUAAAUUCAUAUUCGAUGAAGCAAGAAAAAGACUAUUACCUUGGGCCAAGCGCUUCAACAUUAUUAUUGAUGUUGCCAAGGGUUUGGUUUAUCUACAUAAUGAUUCGAGGUUGAGAGUAGUCCAUCGAGAUCUCAAAGCAAGCAAUAUCUUAUUGGACAGUGAGAUGAUGCCCAAAAUAUCAGAUUUUGGUCUAGCAAAAAUUUUAGAAGGAGAAAAUAUGUUAGAGGAACCAUCUGUGAGGGUUAAUGGAACACAUGGUUACAUGGCUCCAGAGUAUGUCUUGCACAACCAAAUUUCAACCAAGUUAGAUGUUUUUAGCUUUGGCGUUUUGGUGUUAGAGACAAUAAGUGGCGUGAGGAAUUGGGGAUUUCUACACCCUGACCAUGAUUUGAACCUUUUGGGACAUGUAUGGAAGCUGUGGAGGGAUGGGAGGGCCUUGGAAGUUGUGGAUCCUGUAUUGGAAGAUGACUCGAUCUCCGAAACUGAAAUUCUGAGAUGCAUCCAAGUGGGGUUGUUAUGCGCGCAACAUCGCUAUGAGGUGUGUGAUGAGGAAGGUUGA